UUUGCCGGGGCGGCGGACCCCCAGCGGCCCCAGCCGCCCCCCGGCAAGCUGAAGAAAACGGCUUUCAAACUGUUCGGAGGGAAAAGGAGCAUCUGUACGCUGCCCAGUUUCUUUGGAGGCAGAAGCAAAGGCCAGGGGAAGGUAGCGUCUAAAAAGGGCCUCAGUAAAUGUAAGACCCACGACGGGCUCAGCGGCGCUGCAUACGACAAGGGCGGCGGGGCGCAGCUGGAAAGCCCUUCGGAGGGGAGCAGGGACUCGCGUCCUUGCCCUUUGCCGAGCUCCCAAAGCGCUCACUUGGCCGUAGACGCCAGCGCCAAGUUUGAUUUCGGCCAGCAGGACAGCUCUCCGCCCGGGAGUAUCGAGGGCUGUGAGAAAAAGCCCAAUGGAGAUAAGUCCUCCUUUCCCAGACCUAAAAAAGGCCUGAAAGGGUUUUUUAACAGCAUCCGGCGUCACCGGAAGAGCAAGGUUGCCGAGUGUGAGAAAGCAGAGCUCCCCGAGUGGACUGGGGAGUCGGAGGAGGCUGGCAAGGCUCCUGGUUUGGGAGUGGAGAGCCGAGGGGCGGCGGAGGCAAGGGGACAGGGACCCGUCCCUCUUGCCGCAGCCGUCCCCGGGGGCUCGGAGGGCCACCUCUGUGGCGAGGCUUCCGAGCCCGGCUGUCUCGCGGCUGAUGAAGGCAGCUCUGAGGGCGACGCGGUGGCAAUGCCGGGGAAAGGGGACGUUCUGGACACGAAAUCAGAGGCCGAUGCUGUUGUCUGCGCAGAGUUUGACCAUGGCAAUCUGCUGCUGGCCUUUCAUCCGGACUUCAUGGACAACGACUCUCCCUGCCUACACUCUGGGGACCUGCUAAGCCUCAUCUUAGGAGACGUCACAUCCCUGAAGAGCUUCGAUUCCCUGACGGGGUGCGGAGACGACAUCGCUGAGCCCGACAUCGCUGAGAGCACCAUCUCUGUGGAGCGCAGCAGAGAUGCUGCUAAACGGAGCUCCUGCCUGGUCACCUACCAGGGCGGUGGGGAGGAGAUGGCCAUACCUGAGGAGGCGGAGGAGUACCUCCACCAGAUAUGGAACAGCAACGUGGCAGGGGACAGGAGCUACGGAGCUCAGGUGUCGAGUAGCAGUUUGGAGACACAUGCCUCGCACGAGGCGGAAGCCCACCCCUACAUGGGGGACGCGAUGGACGGCGUUGACCUGCUGACGCCACAGAGUGACCAGCAAGAGUCCGCCCCUAAUAGCGACGAGGGUUAUUACGACUCCACCACGCCGGGGCCGGAGGACGAAGCCGGAGAUGGGCUUGGUGAGAUCAAGAAGGACCGUCUUCCCAGAGACAGUUACAGCGGUGAUGCACUUUAUGAGUUUUACGAGCCUGAUGACGCGCUGAUGAGUCCCCCGCACGGAGAGGAAUCCCUGUUUGAGGGCAAAGUCUCACGUCCGGGGAUCUUCAGCUACUUCUUGGACAUCUGCCCCCCUGCUGAGAAGAGCCUGAACCAGAUGAUGGAUCAGAAAAGAGGGGUGAUGGAAACAGAAGAAGAGCGGCUAGCGGCCAUUCAGAAAGAGCUGCUGUACUGGGAGCUGCAGAGGGAACCGGUCUUGAAACGACUUGAUGUUCCCAGCAAGGAGAAGUGUCCUCGGGAAAAGCAGUGCGUUGAAUGUAAAACUAGAGCAGCCAGCUCGAUUGGCAAGAAUCAGAGUGGCCUUGGUAGUGAGCAGGUGGCCUCGCACGCCCCAAACAGGGGUGUGAAUAGUGGGGUUUCGGUGGCUAGAGCUGAAAAUCCAGAGUGGAGGGAUUUUCCAGGGACUCUGUGUCCGGAAAACUGUUACAACAGCCAAAAAGCCCAAGGAAGUUGCCUUAUUCAGCUCACAAAGAACAACCCGGGGUUUGAUUCGGACCCGGAUUGUGGGUUGUUUGGGGGCUCCAUCCACGGCGGCGUAGCCCCAGCCAAAGCAGGGAUGUUCCCCGGCUACAGACUCCCCGAGCACGAGCGUGGCGGC